AAACUAAGGUAAAUAACUCAUCAUGCCCAGACCUGCAACUUAAACAGUCCUUCCCUCUGCGUAGGUGGAGAGCAACAUUAAAAGGGAUGAAAGACCUUCGUUCUUCCUAUCUUGUUCAGACGAGGCAAAAUGCUUUCUCUAGUGGUGAUGAUGCUCGCAUUGGGCAUUUAUGCAUCGACAGCAGAGGUCCCAACUUACCAGCUUGAGGACCCUGCCACAGGUCGCAUCCUCACAUGCACGCGCUGCCCCGCUGGAUACCACAUGCGCUCGCACUGCACUCCUACCCAAGACACCGUCUGCUCGCGCUGUCCAGAGCACCAUUUCACGCAGUUCUGGAACUACUUGCCCAAAUGCCUGUACUGCAGCACAUUCUGCGUAGAGAACCAGUACGUUAAGAAAGAAUGCUCCCCUACAAACAACAGAGUUUGUGAGUGUCAAGAAGGUUAUUACUGGCAAGCUGACUUCUGCAUCAAGCACACGGAGUGUCCAUCUGGAUACGGCGUCCAGAAGAAUGGUACAGUUCACAGUGAUACAAACUGCGAGAAGUGUCCGCGAGGCACGUUUUCUGCAACCAAGUCAUCGAGCGCGCCCUGCGUAAAACACACUGAUUGCGCAUCGAUGGAUCUUGUUGUGGCGCUGAAAGGAACCGGUUGGCAUGACAACAUCUGCGUGGCAUGUGAGACUCUACAGAUUGAUGGUGGUAUAACCGUACUGAAACAAAUAAUGCAAAACAUCUUUGCACAUGAAAAAAUACGGCUUUCCAAACUCAGCCGAAUUUUGAGGCAUGGUUUGGGCCAGAGACUGCAAGGGAAACGCUCUCUCUUCUCCAGACGACAAUUCUUACUAUAUUCCUUUUUCGAAUGGAUUAGAGGCGCUAGAAUAGACCAGUUGAGAGAAUUACCAAAGAUGCUUGAAGAAAGAAACAUCCGUAAUACAGCAGAAAAAAUUUUAAAGGAGUUUGAUGCCUCAAAUUGCCUUAUGAAUGAUACAAAAAUGUCAACUACUGAUAAUAAAUUAUAGAUUAUUAAAUUUUUGUGAUUCUUUUAUGUGAAGGCCAGUAAAUACUUGCUCAAUGUGUCUUUGUGGCUGUUAUUUAUAAUACUUUUACUGAAUUUACACACUGAAUGUUACUGAAUUAUGACACUGUGCUCAUGUUUUAAUAGACUGUCUUGACAUGAUGGAAAAAUGUAUUAUUAUGGUCUGUGCCGAAAGAAAUAUCCAUCCCUUUUGAACACUAAUUGAACCACCUGUUUGAAUGAUCUUGCUGUACUCUUUCUCUUCCUAUGAUAUGCUUUCAUCUUUAACACACAAAACAAAGCUGCUUUAUGUGGAAAUGUUUCGACUUGUUCUGGGGAAACCUUAGCCGAUAUAUUUUAACUGACAAAAGGAAAGGUGUUGCCCCUCAAACCUUUUUGACAGUGUCCAAUUACAAAAAAUAUACCUUUUAAGAUUUAACUAAUGCCUUGGGGUUUUUGGCUACUACAAUGAAACACAGCACCGCACUGUGCUACA